GAGAGGUCAGAGAUUGGGGCUAAGCUCCACCUAAGCACAAACCUGCUGGGGUGGGUGGUAAUAGGUAGUUGCCGCGAUUGUGCCUGUGCCCCUAAUUGAGAGCCUGGGUGUAAUUGGAGACGUGCGCAGCAAGCUCCGGAGCAGACUGAGGCAAGGACAGGACGCCCUCACCCCCAUUUUCAGCCAAAACUGCGGCACCUGGGUGUCAGGAUCGGGAGGAGCCAAAGAAGCGAAAAUGGUGAGAGGGCGGUAGGACCCAGCGGGAGCUUCUUGGGCCAGGGAGGGAACUGGGCGGGAGAAACGGAGGGAGGGAGAGAGGAAAAAGGGAAGGUGUUUGCAAGCUGGCAACCGCACUCUCAGUGCUGCUAGAGUAGCUCGAGCGGACCUGGACCCUAUAAAAGGAGCUCAUCUGUUCCACGACUCUUACGCCUCUCCCCGGCUGGCGCGCACCGGUUUUCUCCAGCUUCCCCAGAAAUCUGCCCCUUCCCCGUGUGCCGCGCUGUGUCCCUCAGACCAGUGCGCCCAGCAGCGUGACUCCAAGUGGUGCCCGCGGGACGGAGGUAGCCGCCUCGGCCACGCGGUGCGAACAGCUGCAGCCCAAGUCCUCGAGUCCCCCCUCGUGCGGCCCCGUUUCCGCGGGGCAGUUCACCGGAGUGGCCAGCGCGUGAAAAGGAGGGAGGGCAGAACUCCCGCUCCAGGCUCGGCGCGGCUCCUAGACUUCACCCCGCCCUACUCUGGCGGCCGCAGCGCCGCAGGAAACUGCCACAGUCUGGGGAGGGGGGCGGGAAUGCCUGACCCGGACUCUUCUCUGGCCUGCACGUUUUGGUCUAAGCAGCUGGGAAACUCCUGUGGGCCGUCUCUGCAGCUCAAGGAGCGCCCGGGCUAGGAAACGCUCAUCCCCGAGCAUUUGGGGUAAGAGACCCCACCUGGCUAAUGCAUCCUCCUCAAACAAUACAUGGCCCUCCUCCACUAGACACCUCGGUGGAAGCCGGUGCGGCGUGGGGCUCGGUGGGCCAGUCCUUAGCAACACCGGGCGUGGAGACGAGCAGCCAGAGACGCGGAGGCAGCGCCAGGCGCACUGGAAGUGCAGGGGACACGCUCGCCCGCUGUAGCUGCCGCGCCCUUGACCUCUAGUUUCAGCUGGGAACCUGGGUGGAGGAGUAAUUCCGAAACCUACGGAACUAACUACCAACCGGGGAACGAGACUGUGGUCUCUUCCGCGGUCCUUCCCCCUCUCCUUCGUGCGUUCCAUGCCCCAGAGCUGCGCUCUGAAGCCGGGGCGAGGAGAGACAUGGAGGAGACAGGCGCUCAGUGCGCUCCGCAGCAGCCUGCGGGCUCCCAGACUGGGGUUUCUCAAGCCAACCUCUCCGCUGCUCCUUCCCACAACUGUAGCUCCGAGGGCUACAUUUACCAGGACUCAAUCGCCCUGCCCUGGAAAGUACUACUGGCCAUGUUGCUGGCGCUCAUCACUUUGGCCACCACGCUCUCCAAUGCGUUUGUGAUUGCUACUGUGUACCGGACGCGGAAGCUACAUACCCCAGCCAACUACCUGAUCGCCUCCCUGGCGCUCACCGACCUGCUAGUAUCCAUCCUGGUGAUGCCCGUCAGCACCAUGUAUACAGUCACCGGUCGCUGGACCCUGGGACAGGUCGUCUGCGACUUCUGGCUCUCGUCGGACAUCACCUGUUGCACUGCUUCCAUCCUGCACCUCUGUGUCAUCGCCCUGGACCGCUACUGGGCCAUCACGGACGCCGUGGAGUACUCGGCGAAAAGGACUCCUAAGAGGGCGGCAGUCAUGAUCAUGCUGGUGUGGAUUUUCUCCAUCUCCAUCUCGCUGCCACCCUUUUUCUGGCGUCAGGCCAAAGCCGAGGAGGAGGUGUCGGACUGCGUGGUGAACACCGACCACAUCCUCUACACAGUCUACUCCACGGUGGGGGCUUUCUACUUCCCCACCCUGCUCCUCAUCGCCCUCUACGGCCGCAUCUACGUGGAAGCCCGUUCCCGGAUUUUGAAACAGACUCCCAACAAGACCGGCAAGCGUUUGACCCGAGCCCAGCUGAUAACCGAUUCCCCUGGGUCCACGUCUUCUGUCACCUCUAUUAACUCGCGGGCUCCCGACAUGCCCAGCGAAUCGGGGUCUCCAGUGUAUGUGAACCAAGUCAAAGUGCGAAUCUCUGACGCCCUGCUGGAGAAGAAGAAACUCAUGGCCGCUAGGGAGCGCAAAGCCACCAAGACCCUGGGGAUCAUUUUGGGAGCAUUUAUUGUGUGUUGGCUGCCCUUCUUCAUCAUCUCCCUCGUGAUGCCUAUCUGCAAAGAAGCAUGCUGGUUCCACCUGGCCAUAUUUGACUUCUUCACGUGGCUGGGCUAUCUCAACUCCCUCAUUAACCCCAUUAUCUAUACCAUGUCCAAUGAGGAUUUCAAACAAGCGUUCCAUAAACUGAUACGCUUUAAAUGCACAAGCUGACUUGUCAAUUGCAUUGGGGUCGCCUAAAAGUGGCCUUUGGGGACCAUGUUGUGUCUGGUUCCACAGGUAGGUCGACUUUUCUUUCACUGUUACUGGGUCCGAACCAGGCGCUUUCUUCUGGGCAAGGGCAAUGGAUCCUGAGAAGCCAGGACAGCCCUGAAAGAGAGAGAACGAGCUCUGAAAGAACUGAUUAAAGGAAAGAUAGAGCUUCCCUGCUGAGGAGGAGGCUCCCUUUCAUCCCUCAAACCCCUGGUUCAGCACUGACCCUGCGACAGCCAAUCACAAGGGGAUUUUGCGACUUUUUAAAAAUCAAUGAUGGAAAGGUGAUCAUUGCCCCGCUUUGGUGUCAUGAAUGAUGACCUCUAGAACCAGUGAUACAUGUAGGUGUUCGAACCCUGUCUGGGACAGAUGCUUAAAGCCUGGCAGUACUUGAACUAGAUACUUAAUACCCUGUGUUUUGGGGAGAACUUUGUGUUACAGCUUCAUUUAAGAACAGUUACUUUGGCAUCCUUCAGUCUUUGGUUUUUGUUCAUUUAACCUUGGUUGGAGAAACUUGUGGACUUGGUGCUUCAAUCCCUAGGCGUGGCUUGGAGGGCACAGAGAAACCUUGAAGAGUUAAUGGUAAAAUUCUGAUGUUAAGAUUUCUAUUUUUAUUAUAAUUGAAAUUAUAUGGGAUUGGGAGGGUGGUAAUGGGAGAUGAGGAUGGUUAAACAGAGAACCACCACCUACAAUUGUUUGUUUUCUGCAGAUUUGUGAUUUUUAAUUCCUACUUAGUGAUUGUCAAACCACAUUUCUAACAACUCAAACAAAACAUUACGUGUGCUAGUGCCAAAAUCUGCAGGUUGCUUUAUUUUUUUCUUCUAAUUUCAUGCACCUGUCAUUUUACACAUUUAAAUCCCCAUAAAUGGAGGAUAUGAUGGGUGACUCAGCCCAAGCUGCUCUGUUUCUUAUUAAUGCAAUUGAUUAGACUGAUAUUAGAUAUAUGCUGCUCCUUAACAAGAAAAGCAUCUUUAUUCCUUAUCCAAUUCAGUGAGAUGUAAGGGAAUCCGAUGAGAUUAGUUCUUAUCCAAUUAAGGAAUGAGGGGCAACAGGAGGAUGUAUAUUUUGACUUGUAAAAAAUCUUAAAUGCAUGAGACUUUUUUCUGAUAGUCAUUUGCACUCUCCUUCCCAUCUGUAAUUCCUUUGUGUGCUAACAUACAAAAUAACCAAGAGAAAUAGCCCCUUUCUCCAAAAUCUUCAAAAUGCAGUAAGAACCCUAAAAACUAUGUUUUUUCCCCUUUCUAUUGAAGUUUGGGUAGGAACAAAGAUCACUUGAAAAUGACAUGCAAGAACUUUAGACAAGCCUAGAGAAACUAAAAUUGAGCCUUUUAUCCUUGUAACUCAUGGAGCCAAAGUUCAAACUUAUUAGGUAAUUAAGAAAUUGAUAAGACUUUGCACCUCAGAAAUUUGAUGCUAACCUGAUACCUCAAUGAAUAUGAUAACAGUAAUACUUAAAUUUACCUGUCUUUUCAAAUUACAAUACUUAUUUGGUAUCUCAAAUUCACUCUAAAGACUCCCUAACAUAGGGCAAGAUUUAUACACUAAAAGAUUUAAAAAAAUGCAUUAUCUAAGUGAAAAGGAGUAGCCCCAAAGGGUCAUCUAUAAAGAAAAUAAAAAAAAUGUGUACGUGGACCAUUUAAUAUGCCAAGAAAAUUUACAUUCCCUUCUUUAGAGAGCUCUCUGCAGUUAAUACCUUGUAUGCAAGUUUGUGUUUGUAAAGUGAAUCCACCCCCUGCUUGCUGCUCUCCAGUCCAGAUCGUGAGACAGUAGAUGUAUUGAUCUGGAGUACACCGUUUGCCUGCUGUGCAGACCUUCACUCUGGGGCAAUGACUCUUGAACUACACAAGUCAAAGCUUCACACGUACACUAAAUCAAAAAGGGAAACAUAAACUAAAUCAAAAAGGGAAUGUCGAUUAACAUUUACACCAGUUACUGGAUUAGGAUGAAAUUUUAGGAAUUAGAUGAGCCUAUAUUUCUGCUGUAUUCCCAAGUUUCUUUGUUUUGUUUUGCUUGUGACAUUUCUCCUAUGGAGAAGUCUAGGUUACUACAUAUAGGAAUGUGCAUAAGGCACAGGAUUUGUUUUUAUGUUAUGAUUGUUUUGUGUGUGUGUAUUUGUGCUUUCUUUGGGCCUAAGGAACAAUUAAGUCAACUUCUAGGCUAAUUGAAACAGAUAGCCACUUACAAAUGAUUUCUAUAGUUGGCACAUACAAUGAUGGUGUCUUCAUAUUAUUAACAAAACACAGUCAAUUUAGU